AUAUAAUACAUUGUAAAGUAAAAUACAAGAAACCAACGUUGCCACUGCCUUGCUUCAGAGUUGUAUUCGCGUUGUAAUCGAAACGACAGCCAUUCUUGUUAUCGCUGCAACUCCAUUCUUUCUUUCGUGAAUCGGUCGUCAAGGGAUCAACAUGGCAUCGAAAGUGUCUCGUGACACGCUCCUUGAGGGCGUCACCACUCUUCUGGAGCAGUCGCUGAAAAAGAAACGCGGUUUCUUGGAAUCUGUGGAACUCCAAAUUGGCCUCAAGAACUACGAUCCCCAAAAGGACAAGCGUUUCUCAGGCACUGUUAAGUUGAAGCACGUGCCCCGCCCCAAGAUGAAGGUGUGCAUUCUGGGCGAUCAGCAGCAUUGCGAUGAAGCCAAGGCUAACGGCGUUGAAUUCAUGGAUGCUGAGGCUCUGAAGAAGCUGAACAAGAACAAGAAGCUGGUCAAGAAACUGGCCAAGUCUUAUGAUGCUUUCUUGGCUUCCGAGUCUCUGAUCAAGCAGAUCCCACGUUUGUUGGGUCCCGGUCUUAACAAGGCUGGCAAGUUCCCUGGCCUGCUCUCCCACCAGGAGUCGAUGUUGGCCAAGAUCGAGGAGGUCAAGUCCACCAUCAAGUUCCAGAUGAAGAAGGUGCUGUGUCUGUCCGUUGCCGUUGGCCACGUCGGCAUGAAGCAGGAUGAGCUCUCCCAGAACGUCAGUUUGUCCAUCAACUUCUUGGUCUCCCUGCUCAAGAAGAACUGGCAGAACGUGCGUUCUCUGCACAUCAAGUCGUCGAUGGGUCCCCCUCAGCGUCUGUACUAAACAUCGUUUGAGCAAUGUUUUACACCUAACAAUAUAAAAUACAAAAUAAAUUUUACGUUUUUCUAAUGUA